AUGUCGUCCACGUCGUCACGGAGGCUCAACUAUGACAACAUCAACCCUCACGUCAAGGCGGCCCAGUACGCCGUGAGGGGCGAGCUCGCCGUCAAGUCGGAGGAGUACCGCGCCAAGCUCGCACGCGGCGACACCGACCUGCCCUUCAAGGAGGUCAUCUCUGCCAACAUUGGCAACCCCCAGCAGCUCGACCAGAAGCCCAUCACCUUCUUCCGCCAAGUACUCAGCAUUCUCGAGAACCCCAAGCUCCUAGACCACGAGGAUGUGCUGGUCAAGCACAUGGAAUACAAGCCCGAUGUCAUUGAGCGAGCAAAGUGGCUGCUCAAGGCAGUCGGCUCUGUAGGCGCAUACAGCGCCAGCAACGGUGCGCCGGCGAUCAGGCAGCGGAUCGCUGAAUUCCUCGAGAGGCGAGAUGGCUUCCCCGCAAACGAGGCCGACAUCUACCUCUCUGGAGGCGCCUCCUCUGGCGUCAACACUCUUCUGCACAUCAUCUGCGCAGGCCCAGAGACCGGCAUUCUGAUCCCCAUCCCUCAGUACCCCCUCUACACCGCAUCACUCUCCAUCUUGAACGCCACGCCCGUGCCUUACUAUCUGGAGGAGCACCACCACUGGGGCACGGAUCUCACCUCGAUCAAGAAGGCCUGCGAGGACGCCAAGGCCAAGGGCACCGACGUCCGUGCCAUAGUCAUCAUCAACCCCGGCAACCCGACCGGCGCGUCGCUGUCCGAGGAAGACGUGCGCUCCGUCAUCGAGUUUGCCCGCGAGGAGCGCCUCGUCAUCAUGGCCGACGAGGUCUACCAGACCAACGUCUUCGUCGGCCGCUUCCACUCGUUCAAGGCCGCCCUGCGGCAGAUGCAAAAGGAGAACCCGGGCAAGUACGACAGCGUCGAGCUCGCGUCGCUGCACUCCAUCUCCAAGGGCAUGGUGGGCGAGUGCGGCCACCGCGGCGGCUACUUUGAGCUCGUGGGCUUCGACGACAAGGUCCAGGCCGAGAUCUACAAGUUCGUCUCCAUCACCCUGUGCGCCCCCGUCAUCGGCCAGUGCCUCGUCGAGCUCAUGUGCAACCCGCCGCGCGAGGGCGAGCCGAGCUUCGAGCUCUACAACGAGGAGUACACGGGCAUCUACGAGGGCCUGCAGAAGCGCGCGACCGCCCUGCACGAGGCCUUUGCGCAGAUGGAAGGGGUCGAGUGCGACCGGCCCCAGGGCAGCAUGUACCUGUUCCCGACCAUCACGGUGCCGCCCCGGGCCGUCGAGGAGGCGCGCAAGGAGGGCCGCCGGCCCGACGAGUUCUACUCGAUGCGCCUGCUCGAGGCCACGGGCGUCUGCGUCGUGCCGGGCAGCGGCUUCGGCCAGAAGGACGGCACGCAGCACUUCCGGACGACCUUCCUCGCCCCGGGCACCGAGUGGGUGGGCAGCAUGGUCAAGUUCCACAAGGAGUUUAUGGACCAGUACCGGUAG